CGUCACAAGAAGCAUCCAACCUAUAUAUAUAUACUUAUAGUAAGCCUCAUAGCAUUUGAGUUUUCCAUUGGGAUUCUUAAGGACAGCAUAUGUAUGUACAUUAAUUAAAUUAUGUAUACGUUGUUUUAUUUUUUGUUUGUGGCUUUCGCGUCGCUGAUCAGUGCUGGAACAGUUCCUGAUUACAUCCACAUCUGCAAAAGAAACGAUCCUGCAGUGUCGAAAUGCAUCAGGAACUCCGUUGAAGCUUUGAGACCAAAGCUGAUAGCAGGAAUUCCCGAAAUCGGCGUUCCAUCCUUGGAACCACUGUCCAUAAAAAAAAUCGACAUUAUCAGAGGAGGCGGCGGAAUCAGGGCCGAGUUGAACAACGUUUUGGCCCAUGGAGCUGGCGAUUUCAAGGUCACCAGGCUAAAGUUGGACAUCCCCAAAAAUACAUACCACUUUGGUAUCAAAAUUCCUCAACUUAAACUGGAAGGUGACUAUGAUGUAGAUGCCAGAAUUUUGGGAGCUCCAAUUCAAGGAAAGGGCAGAUUUAAUGCGGAAGUCACUAAAAUUGAUGGGUAUGGAAUCCUGAGAGGGGAAGUUGUUCAAAAUAAAGGAAUAAGAAACAUGAAGUUUAAUGCCUUCGACUUAGCUUUGAAGAUUGAAGACUAUGAUAUUAAGCUUCACAACCUCUUCAACGGUGAUAAAGUGUUGAGCCAAGCUGUGGGUGAUCUCCUUAAGGACAACAAAAAAGAAAUGCUGGAAAAUGCAAUCCCUUUCAUCCAAGCAAGGGUAUCCGAAAGCUUAUUGGAUGCUGCCAAUAAGAUUACGGAGAAUUUGGAUUACGAUGAAGCUUUCCCGGAAAAAUAG